AAGUGUAGCCUUGCAUUUUCAUUGUCAUGAGCACGCGCUCCGACACACGGCGUCGAACGUGCGUGGUGACAGACGCACAGCUGUGAGCGGGUACUCUCAUACUAUAGAGUUAUAGAAGGCUCGCUCCUGGAGAGAGGUACGGCAGUUUGGAAUUCAACAACCGCAAACUGACAUCGAUAAUAAAGCAAUUCUCUCUGCUGGAAUGUUGUAGUCGACUGAAGGAUUCUAGAAAACUUGUCGAACUUGACGUCAAUAACUUUGUUCAUUUUUUUCACGGGGUGUUUCUUAUUCAAUGACAGUUCACGGGUUGUUAUUAUUGUUUUUGUUGAUUUAAAAAAAUUGUAUUGUGAAUCCCCUUGGUCUAAGUGUUUCACACUUGAAUGAAAUAAAGUUUUUGGAACAAAAUAGCGACUCAUUAUCACGACGUUUACGUCACGACCCUUUGAUUUCCAGAACUGUGGAAACAACUUGUGAUAGUUUUUACUACUCGUAGAAAGAACGCACCUUUACGGUUGAUUUUAACUCCACUCAGUGUAAAUGUGUUACUGUCUACCCGAGAUGUGCGGAAAUAUAAUUAUUGGUCGGAUUCCCACACCAGUGCUGAAAACUGACCUUUGAAAAAAGUACAGCCUGAUAGAGAGAGUGCUCUGGAUUGUUCUAACCUCUGGCACAUUCUGCCGCCGCGCGCUGGAUGUACUGACCUCUGACGGAGGCAACAUUCUGUGGACGGCCAAAAUGUUACGUUAAUAAUUUCCAAUGUUCGUCGUUGGCCGAGAAUUUUGGCCAAUUCCACGCUGACACAGCUCCAACGAGAUUGCGUUCCCUAGCAAAAGGCAACACAUCUAGAAAAAUAUAAAAGACAGAUGGCGACCGUACGGCUUGGCUUCAGCAUCGUCUUUGUCGUCAUCUUUCAGAUUGUAUCAACUGUUGGCGACGGAGAGACAUGUAGAAGCAAAUUCGGGAACUUCCGCCCGGAAGAGUUCCGUCUACACGCAUGCGCCUGGUGCUACCGCUACAUGACACAGUCCAUGGACUUUGGGGUGCACCCAACCAUGCACUACCUAGUUGUAGUCAAUAACCUCACCAUCUACCCGCAGUGGACAAUCCUUGUCCCAGACUCUGAGAACGCCACUCUGGCUGCUUUAAUCUGCCAAACAACAUCGUCAGACUUGUGCAUGCGCUGGAAGUCCUGUUGUCGCGAGGCACGUAGGUGCUGUCAGCACCACCUGGCGGCCCCCCCUCAGGAGAACGGCACGUGUCCUCGAACCUGGGACGGCUAUGGCUGUUGGGAAGACACCAGACCGGACACUACCGUGUACAACAGUUGUCCCAGCUUCCUGCAGUUCUCCAUCUCUUCCCGUUACGCCGAGAAGCACUGCACCAGCAACGGCACCUGGUCUGGCCAUGGAAACGACAGCAGCGGUCAGUUAUACGAGUGGACGGACUACACCAAGUGCCUGGACAAAGACGGCGGGUGUACCUUCUUGGCCUUUCUACGUCUUUACUCCAAGAGCACGACCUAUGUCUGGAUGUUCUGCGAAGGUUUUUACCUUCAUCGCCUCAUCAGCAACGCCUUCAAGCCACCAAAGUCCUUGCUGUUCCUUUAUCUGAUUGGCUGGGGCGCUCCUCUGGGCUACACAUCAGUGUAUGGUGUCCUAAGGUUGAUCUACGACAACGAGAGAUUUCAGACGAGCACUCAAAGCCACGUUUGUUCUGAUCCCGCUGUUCGGGGUACAGUUGUUCGUCACCAUCUAUCGUCUGCCAGCGGGCCGGGCCGGGGCAGCAGAGUACGAGAAGUUCACGGUUUUUGUGCUCAACUCUCAGGGAUUCUUCGUCGCUUUGAUCUUCUGCUUUUUCAACGGGGAGGUGAUAACGCAUGUCAAGCGUACCUGCACAAGAUUUCGCUUAAUGCGGCUUCCCACUGAGGCCUCCCGGAACCAGACGACGGCGACCAGCGUCAACUUUGUCCACCACGGCCAGGACAGCCACGAGAGCGAGAAUGGGAACCUGAUGUACGAGAGCCCCAGGCCGUCCCCUGGUUCGGGGAAGAAGCUCUACAAUUCCAUAGAGCUCAGUGAGAGAAAGUACCCGUACAUCCCGCUCAGCGCGAGGAAGCAGUCGCCUUCUCCGACUGAGAUUUAACUAACCCCACUGCUUGUCUGUUCGCCGCGAGUGAGCAGAGGUGUUUUGCUCUGAGCAGAAAAAGAUGUGGGGAGUCUCAGAGAUAGAGAGAGACUAGAGAGAAGAGGCGACAUGGGAUGCGGAUUAAAAUGGAGAAGCGAGAAAGGAGCAAAGAGAAACAUGGAGGGAGAAAGAUGGAAGAGAAAAAGAAGGAAAGAAUAAAAGUAUACGAGCGAAGCUGAAAUAUAGAAGAGAUAUUAUGUCGUGGAAGGAGGUGGUAAAGAACGUGAGAGAUAAGAGGGGGAGAGAGAGGGGGGGAGGCAGAAAGAGAGAAAAGAGAGAGAGAGAAAAAGAGAGAGAGAGAGAGAAAAAAAAAGA